GAACGUCGAUUCUUUUCUCGAGCGAACCUCGUCAGGCUAGAUCUUCUCCCCGUGUUUUGAUUUGCGCGGGCUCGACAGGUGAUAUCAGGUCCGUGCUAUACAGCGAUGUGCGAUGAGUAUCAGCAUUUACCUUCACAUGCCUUUCCCCUCAUCCAUCACCAUCUUCGUGCAGUUUUUAGCUUGAUAUUCAGGCACUUCCGACCAUGAGAAUUUCUCUCUCGGCUCAGGUACCGGCAUGGGCCCAGCUUCGCCGUCCAAUCGCCGACCGUCCACUCGCUGAACAGAUGACGAUUGAUCUCUCGCACACCGUGAACCCCGACCAGGCCACUUCCCUCGGGUUUGGACUCGAGGGUAUCUUCUACGGGAUUCAUAUCGUGUUCUUCAGCGCUGCUGUAGUCCUCUUUGUGUCCCGCCAGACGCUCAAGCAGCCUACCGCACGUCCGAUCCUCGUCGCAACCCUGCUCCUGUUUGCGUUGUGCACGCUGCACUUCGCGCUGAACUUCCAGAACGUUUAUGUCUCGACGAUGGUCAAAGUACGCCCGCAUAUAUCGGCCGAGACGCCACGGCUAGUGGCGGCGGAUACUUCGUUCAUUCUGGCUGAUUUCAUAGGGCAAUUGGUUUUGAUCUACCGCUGCUACCUCAUCUGGGCUUGUAAUGGCUUGAUCAUCUUGCUGCCGACCCUUUUGGCCCUGGCUUCCGUCUCAUGCGGAAUGGCCGUCACUGGAAUCGUCCAGCGAAUCAGCCCGACAGCGGAACAAGUUCCCGCCUCCCUUGUGCCCAUGGGCGACGCCACCUUCUCGCUCUCGAUCAUCUGCAACUUCAUCACCACCGGGCUCAUCGUCGCACGCCUCUGGUGGGUGUCCCGCCGCACGGAGGGUGACACGAGUCGGAAUCUGUCGCCGUCGCAGCGCGCCACCGCGAUCUUCGUCGAGUCGGGACUGCUGUUCUUUGUGACGCAGUUCGUGUUCAUCGUCCUGUUCGCGAUCGCGCAUCCGGCACAAGCGAUCGUCGAGCCCAUCGCCAUUCAAGUUUACGCCAUUUCGCCCUUGCUCAUCCUGAUCCGCAUUGCGCUGGGAAAAUCUUAUGAGAACGCGGCUCUGGAUUCGCAACAGCCGGCAAGCCCUGAUGCUGCAGAUGGCUCGAAAGCUCCGUUUUCCUAUCAGCUUGGCCCGUAUUCAUCGGACCCGUUCGUGUGAUGCAGUUGUAUCUGCGUUAGCACUAGUGAAGAACAGACAUAUGUUAUUGGAAUAUUUCUAUUAACUAAUCCGAGGGCCGAUCUUAGUGUGCGGGAGCCUGGAGGACAGGUCAGCUACUGUAGAUCAAAAUCAUCCUCGUGUGGUGCAGCGCAGUCAGCUAUUCCGAAUGGGCGUAUAAGUCUCGACGUAUUUAUUCAUUCCCCGAAUCGUUCAUUAGCACGUUCACGCAUGUG